CCUUCACUAUUCUAGGUGUACAUCCUUUGACCGACUUAUUUCGUAGAAUCCUCGUGUACAUGCAACUCUUCCAAAAGGUUAUCGUUUACUUGUGGUGCCCAGGGCAUUGACGAAGUCAUAGCUCGCGCAUAUGCUGCGGAAGGAUCGACCGUAACCUCCCUCGAUGUGAACGAUCAACUCGGACAAAGUGUCGCCCACGACGUGUCAUCCACCAGACCAGGCACAGUCGCAUAUGCCCAUCUGGAUAUCAAUGACUGGCGUGGCCAAGUCGAUGCAGUCUUCAAGAGGCUGCCACCAAGAUGAGCGGACUCACAAACGGUGUUGGCAUACAGAAGCCUGUGCCCGAUGUACCCUCAAACAUCCUCGAGCACAUAUACAAAGUCAACGUCUUUGGCGCCAUACGGUGUUGCGUAUGCGAUCGUUCGCGAACAAGGCGGUGGCGCCAUCAUUAACUUAAGGUCAGAUGCGGGCGCUGUUCAUACUCGGACGCGCAGCGUGGCGCCGGAGUGGAGCCUAGCUGGUCUUUUCUGAUUGCUGACUGCGCUCACCUCAAUUACAAGUAGUACAUUGGAACGAUGAGG